AGAAAUAAAAAAACACGCAAUCCGCAGAAGGAUUGCGAGCUGACACGAGUUAGCAAAUACACGAGUGUCUAGCAAUGGACUGGAAAUCUCAUGUGAUUGCCGUGGUACUAUGGUGUUUCUCACAUCGCAUACUCACUGUAGUGUAUUCCUUUUGGUCAGUGAUAUUACUGUUAUUCGUGCUGUCCGUUACAAACACUUCGCUUGGGUUACGAAAGCAGUACAUCAGGUUGCUCCUGAAAUUAUUUGAGUAUGGGCGGAUUAAAAUCGAGAGGGCCAACCGGCUACGGCUCCUUCGUGAAGAGAGCGUCGACGACUUGGCUAGUUUGGAGUCGUCUCCUGGUGUGGCUUCCACCUCAGCAAUCACACGAGACGGUGUCCUGGUAGGAGCUGACCAGCCUCUCAUCGACCUGCCUACCAAAGAGUACCACUUGGGGGACAUUACAGACUUCAUCAAGAAAGGAGUUGAGGCCAUCAUCGAUGACGUCGUAACGAAACGAUUUGCGACAGAGGAACUGCCCUCCUGGAACCUCCUUACUCGGACCAACAAAAAUUACACCUUCGUCAGUUUUCGGCUAACGGUCAUCUGGUGCAUCGGUUGCCUGGUGCGCUACUGUCUGCUCUUUCCCAUGCGUGUGGCUCUCACGUUCGUUGGCAUGGCGUGGCUCAUCUGCGGCACAGCGGUGGUAGGAUGCUUCCCCGAGGGAAGGGUGAAGCGGUUCUGCUACUGGCACGUCAGCCUCAUCACAUUCCGUAUAUUGGCCAGAGCCGUGUCUGCCAUCGUCACAUAUCACAACAGGGAAAACCGUGCAAAGUCCGGUGGGAUCUGCGUCGCCAACCACACGUCCCCCAUCGAUGUCGCCAUGCUAGCCAGUGACAACUGCUAUGCUAUGGUGGGCCAAACACAAGGCGGCUUCAUAGGUGUCAUCCAGACUGCACUCAACAGAGCAGCCUCACAUAUCUGGUUCGAACGGGGAGAGAUUCGAGACCGUCAAGCAGUUGCUCGUAGGCUACGUGAACAUGUUCAGGAUCCCACGAAACUGCCCAUCCUCAUAUUUCCAGAAGGCACUUGCAUCAACAACACGUCAGUAAUGCAGUUCAAGAAAGGCAGCUUUGAAGUGGGUGGCACGAUAUAUCCGGCAGCUAUCAAGUAUGACGCGCGCUUUGGCGACGCGUUCUGGAACAGCAGCAAGCAGAACUAUAUCCUCUACCUAGCGAUGAUGAUGUCAUCGUGGGCCAUUGUUUGCGACGUCUGGUAUCUGCCACCGAUGCACAUGAGGGAAAAUGAAUCGUCCGUGGACUUUGCCAACCGCGUCAAGGCAAGAAUUGCCGAGCAGGGAGGACUACUAGACCUCAACUGGGACGGCGCGCUGAAGCGUUACAACAUAAAACAGGAGUGGAGGGAGCAGCAACAGAAGGAAUUCAGCCAGAGGCUCAAGAUUGCAUAAAGAACUCAGUGAGAUGGUGGAAGGGAAAGAGCUCUGCCCCCCCAAAAGUGACUCGUGGGUAUCACGUUUUCUCCGACCGCAUGUACAUAGUGUUCGACGUUCACAACUGCUGUCUAGCUUUUGUUGAAACUGUAGGUGUUUUUUUUUUUUUUUUUUCCAGUCCAUAAAAACUGUAAAUGGUUUGAAAGUGCCAAGAAUUCAACGUCGUCAUCAGUUAGUCACAUUUUACGGCAUUACACGUUAAGGUUGUUCAAGCGAACGAAUGACCCCCCCCCCCCCGACUCGAAAGAAGUCUCUCGACACUCCGACGGACAGACAAGUAGAGUCCCUCUCUCGUGUAAUUUGAGCCACACUUAUUCCUGCCGGUACAUCUGGUUCAUAUAAUAUAAAUGGUAUCCGCAACACAAACUCACUCCUAACACCCUGUAAAAGUGUACCAUAAGGUGUAUCGGGCAGAAAGUAAUCUUGGCCGUGCCUUCAUUCUAGUGUGCCGAACCAAACGAGCCUUCAGCUCUGUUCUUUCCAUAACCAGAAGGCCUUCGCUUUUACCGUUCGGCAAUCAACUAGAACCUGGCCUCUUCUCUAAGGAGGCACAUUGAGCCUUUAAAUGUGACUUUCUGACAGCGAUACAAGGCAGGGCAUCACAAGCAUGAUAGUUUUUUUUUUUUCGCUUUGUUUAUUGAAGAGGAGGGAUAUGUACAUUGCCGGUGAUUGAAUGUAAAAAAAAGGUGGUGACGUUAUGGACAAUGCUGAAUUACCGUCGUCGUAACAAAAAAAAAACAAAGUAGCGGACAUGCACCGCUUUUGUUUUUUGUCUCGUCUAACCCGCAAGGGGGAGUCACCAGCAAAGCCUGGUCUGGAAUAAAUAUGUUUGCUCACUGAA